CAUCUUUCUUAUUUGAUGGUUAAAGAUCGUAAUUUGACACAAUCGUAAUGAUAUAAAUUGUGUCUGUUUACAAUAUGAUCUUGCGGAUAUCGUAUGUACUGUUUAAAAUAAUAGUAUAAUUAAUAAAAAAUUAAUAUUGUAAAAAUGUUUGAGACCGAUGAUUGGGACCUUGAUCAGGAUUUCUUAAACGAUAUAGACGAUAAAGCGGUUGAAUUUUAUUCUCAAUCAGAUAAUCAAGAAACUGAACCAAAAAGGCGGAAGAUAGAAAUUUGCAAUGAUCCUAUUUUUUCACCUGACAACAAUGUUGAUUUGGAUGACAGAAAGGGUAGCAGUAAAGAGAUAGUAAAAUCCGAUAAGAACAAAGAAUCAAGGAAACAUUUGAUUCUUAGUAUGUUUAAUAAAAAUGUAUUGGAUGAGAAUGUUUCUCAGACUAUAUGCGAAUCAAAAAAAUCAUGUGAUAAUACUUUAUCAAAUGUACAUUCUGAUAUACAAAAUCAUAAAGAUAAUAAAUUAUCUCGAAAGAAUUUAGUACUUGGUAUAUUAAAAAACAAAAAUAUUCAAGAUAAAAUUGUACAAAAGAACAUAACACAUGUAAAUCCACCAAAAGUUGAACCAAAAAUCAGAAACAAUAAUGAUAUAAAUGUAAAUCAGGGAUUUAAAGUGCCUAGUAGUAAUGGAAUAAAACAUCAGACUCUUAAAAAUAACUGCCAGAGAGAAAAUAGUUUCAACAAUGUAAAAUCUAAGUCAAAUUCAAUUAAUAAUUCAAGGAAGGAAUUGCUGUGUAAUAUAAUGAAGCCAGAAUCUGUGAAUAAUUUAAAACCCAAAAAUGAUAUUAUCAAAAAUACAUUAUCAAUAACUAAGGAUCAAGUACAACCUAAUAAGAAGAUGACAUUAGUUAGAAAAUUUCCUGGACCAGCUGGUUUAUUACCAGAUGAUAUAGAUACUAUUCCUCCUGUUUCAUAUUUGAAUAGUUUAGAAGAAAAUGAGAAAACAAAUGAGGAAAAUAAUUCUAGCAAAUUACCUGAAUAUUGUUCUCAAAACACAAAAAACCUAUUCACAGAAGGUGCUUGGCAGUUAAUGUUAGAUGACUUGCCACAAGAUUUCUUGAAAGGCUACGAAAUUGCAAUUGUGAAACAAAUGGCAAGUACAAAGGGUUGCAGCAGCACAAAAGUUAAAUUUAUGGCAGGAAUAAUUGAGCGUAUAGAUCAUAGUCACGAGAAUCCUCCUAUUGUUUUAAGAGAUUUUACAGACAAUAUUCAAGGAAUUGUUCAUAGGGAUAUACCGCUUAAAUAUCCUGGCUUAUUAGAGCCAAAUGUUGUUGUACUAUUACAUGAUGUAGGUUUAUUAAAGAUUUCUAGUACUUUCGUUUCAAAUAAAUAUCAGAUCUUAAUCUCACCGUCAAGUUUACUGGGAAUUUACACUAAUAAAGGUGAGAUAGAACGUACAGGCCAUAUGGCAGCAGUUCUAGAAAAUGCUUCAAAGGAAGAAACAGGAAAAGAACAGAAAAAAAAUAAAGAUUACGGUUUCUCCAAACUAUCGAAAGCACCCUCGUCAAAGACCGAUUUCCAAUUUAAACUAAAACACAGCAGCAACAUUCAAGAUUCAUUAAGUUCUAAGAAGAGUACAGAAGAUAUUAAAAUCAACAGUCCUAACACAAACAAAACAGUCGAAGCUGUAAGUGAAUCAAUGGAUUUUGAUAUUGAUCUUUCCUUUUCAAUUCCCCCUGCUAAAAUUACAAAUUCACAAAAUCAGAAGAAUUUUACCGAUUCAACAUUAAAAAAACACGCGAAUGAAAACAGCAAACAACCAUUUGUAGAAAAACAGAAAGAAAGCACACAUAAUGAUGACAAAGAGAGAGCUGAAAAUUUACUGAAAGCAUUAAAGAGGUUUUCUCCAAAUAUUAAUCCAAAGAAACGUCUGCCAUUUCAUUCUAAGAAUGUACAAAUGGAUGCAGUAUUAACUAAACAAGUGAAACAAAAGGUAUUAAGCGAUUCAUUUUCUGAACAAAUGCAUAUUGAUGACUGUGAUGUAAAUACAUCACAAGAAAAAGUAGAAUCAGUGGCAAAAGAAGUUCCUUCACCUUUUUGUAAGAAAACAGAAGGUGUACAGAGCCGUAGAGAUUCCAUAAGAUCCAAGUUAUUGCAGUUUAAAAGUCCUGAGAAGUUAUCUCCUCCGAGCGUGGACUCUCAAAAUGCAUCAAAUGUAAAACAAAACGACGAAACGCUUAUAGAAAAAAAGAUGCCGGAAACUUCAUCUUCUUUUAAUGAUGUACUUGGUAAUACUGAAAAUGAUUCCGACGAUGAAAUGUUAUCUCAGUUGGAUAUGGACACCAUUUUUAGUAAUUGCAAUUAAGAAAAUUGAAUAUUUUGAAAGACUCAAUAUGUUUAUAAAAUGUUUUACACAAUUGUAUAUACGAAUUAUGUAUUUUGGUUUUUGUAUGAAAUAUAAAUAAAAUAACGAAUAUGUA